AUGGCCGAUAGCUUUGACCUCGAAGAACUCGUCCACCUCGAACAGACGUUCUACGAUAGCGGGCACGCCGACGGGUUCGCACACGGACGCGUGCACGGGCUCAUCGAGGGCCGCGCGCUGGGCCGCGAAAAGGGCUUCGAGAUGUGGGAGGAGCUCGGGUUCUACGAGGGCUUCGCGCGGACGUGGCAGGCGGUGUAUGCGAAGCGCGGGCAGGAGGACGACCGCGUCGUGCACCACACGAAACACCUUCUCGCGCUCAUCGCGCAGUUCCCGACUGUGAACCCCAAGACCGCGGCGGCGGCGACGGCGGGGGGUGAUAGCGAGGGGCUGGACAUCGAGAAGCUGCAGCGGCAGAUCCGCUCGCGGUACAAGGCGCUCUGCGCGUCGCUCGGUGUGAAGCCCACGCUGCGGGCCGCGAGCAGCACG